CAGCUAGUCUCAGCACACAUCAACAAACUCUCAGUACUGUCUGUGUACGGCGUCGAAUAAGGAGGUGUCUCCCACGUAAACAUUUUCAAAAGUCUCAAGUUCGCCGAUUAAGGCUUUUUUAAAUCAGAAGAAGAAACGAGAGCUAAACCUGGAUUUUCGAGAGAACAGCAGCUGCCCCAGACACUUAACCGUCGUCCAUGAAGGAGAAGAUCUGCUCGCGCCGUUGGAAGGAUGCUUUUGUGAGGCCUUCAGAGUCAGCGCGUCGUUGACCGAAGCCUCAAGGCCACCUUGCGUCCAGGAUGGCGUUGGUUCAGGCUCCGCCCAUCCCCGCUGAGCCACACGACCCGGGUCACAGCGCACGCUCCCGCAGAAGACACCGUUCGGGACCCUCGCCUCCCAUCAAUGCCUCGGCGACCGCCGCUGUGGAUCUCACAGUACGUCCCUACCAGGACCGACGAGUCCGACGGGGAACCUCCUUACCGGGCUCGGAGUCUCCUCAGGAGCACUUCUUGCACAACCGCAGUCCUCCAGCACUUAGGACUUCCGACAGUGGGCGGGAGAAGUGGAACUAUGUGGACGACUGGAAUGACCACCAUAUGGCACCCGCCAGCCCGACGAGAUACCAAGACGAGAUAAAAGAGGGCUUGAAUGGGAACGUCGGGGGACCGCCCCCAAAACUCAUACCGGUGUCGGGAAAACUGGAAAAGAAGAUGGAGAAAACGGUGCUGCGGCCCACCGCCUUCAAACCCGUGGUCCCCAAGAGCCGUGGCCCCAUGCAGUACCUGUCCCCCCGACACAGCGCCAACGUACCGGAGAAUGGCCUGCUGGCCGCCGCUCACCGGGAGCUGUCACCGUCCGGCUCCGAGAGGCGAAGCUCGUACAGCGCGGGGCGGAGCGGCGGCGGAAGCAGCGGCCACUCCUGCUCGCUGUCCGACUCAGGACGCAACUCGCUCUCCAGUCUGGCGGCGGGAGAGGGGACGCAGGGGGGUCACCCAGAGGCGACCAAAAGCACCCCCUCCGCGGGGGUCAACGGGCACUCCAACUCGGACAGCGGCCGCUCGUCCUCCAGCAAGAGCACCGGGUCCGUCAGCGGGCGGGGUCAGCCACUGUCGGACUGCGGGUCUGGUGGGCGGUCGCCAGGGGCGGCGGAAGGCUACGAGGGCAUCAUCAGGGACCUGGAGGACAAGCUGAGGGAGAGAGAGGCGGAGCUCCAGCUACUUCGAGACAACCUGGAUGACAACGAGGCCGCUAUCUGUCAGGUCUACGAAGAGAAGCAGAAGCGUUUUGAGCUGGGUCUGGAGGAGCUGCGGCAGAGCUGCGCCACCAGGAUGCAGGCGGCGUCCCAGAAGGCGCAGCGAGCCCAGCAGGUGCUUCAGAUGCAGGUUCAUCAGCUGCAGCAGGAGAAGAAGAAGCUGCAGGAGGACUUUGCGCAGCUCCUGAAGGAGCGAGAGCAGCUGGAGGAGCGCUGCACCUCCUACGAACACGAUAAAAUCCAGCUGGGCCCGCGGCUGGAGGAGACCGAGUGGGAGGUGUGCCAAAAGUCAGGCGAGAUCUCGCUACUGAAGCAGCAGCUGAAGGAGGCGCAGGUGGACCUGGCCCAGCGGGCGGGCGAAGUUGCGUCGCUGCGCGGGCAACUGCGUGACACAUGCGCCGAGCUAAGCGGCGUCCAGGCCCUUCUGCAGGAAGCGGGCAGCGUGGCCCGCUCUCGAGCCGCCGAACUGGAGGUGUGCGAGAACGAGCUGCAGCGCCGCAAGAGCGAGGCCGACCUGCUGCGGGAGAAAGCGGCACGCCUGGAGGGCGAGCUGGCGCACCUGCGGGAACCCGAGGGAGAGCGGGACGCCCUGCGGGGCCUGGCCGAGCACCUGCAGGGCGAGCUGUCUUUGGAGCGGCAGCGGGCCGAGAGGCAGGCGAGCGGAUUCGAGGAGGAGAGGCAGACGUGGCAGGAAGAGAAGGACAAGGUGCUGCGCUACCAGCAGCAACUGCAGCAGAACUACGUGAGCAUGUACCAAAACAACCGGCAGCUGGAGCUCCUCCUGAGGGACCUCAGCCAGGAGCUAGAGAGCCGCGACCAUGACGACGACGACGGCAGCGGCAAUGAGAUAGUUUUCGAUGAGGUCGCUGCCACAGAAAUCUGACUUAUUUUUAGGUCACUUCACACGUGGUAGUUUGCGUUACCUUCCAUACGACCUGGAAGUACGAAUCUCAAGACGAUAUUGACAGCUUUGUUCAUCACGUUACCAGUUGUGUGGAAGCCGUCUGAAAUUGACUUUCCUCUGUCAAACGAAGCAGUGACGAUAGUGGCUAGCUUUACAAAAAUCAAACUACUGUAGUCAAGUCUCCUCGUGUGCUUCAAUACUUGAAUAGAGCAACAGCAUAAUCCUCCACUACAGGGGUAGGCAAACUAUGGACCCAGGGCCACAUAUGACCUGCAUCUUCUUCCAGACCACAGAGCAUUUGUAUUAUCAAGAGUCAUGCAAAAUUUUGCCCCCUUUUUUUUUUUUCUUAAAUUGGUUAAUUAAAGUAAUCCUUAAAUGGUUUCUUGAUUCAUUGUAAGUAAUCUGAAAACAGAAUAAAAACUAUUUUAUUUGUUUGUAAUUGCUUAUUUAAUAAUAGUUCAAUUGGUUAUAAAUACGAUAUUAUGAGUUAAUUAGCAUAAGUAUUUUUCUUAAUUGCCUAAUAAAAUUAUUUAUAAUUAUAAUUUCAAAAUGAGAAUUUAUUUUAUUAUAAUAAACUUUCACAUACUGUACAUUUCACAUUUUUGUUAGUUGGUAUAUUAAUUCUUUGAUUAAAACAAGAUUAAAUUUAAGUCAUACGUUUUAAUUUACAUUAUCUAUUAAUCACCUGGCUCAUAUCUAAAUAAUAAAUAAAUAAAGGUGGCCCUCGAGCACAAGUUUGCCCACCCCUGCUCUAUUACCUUCAUUAAGAUGGUUGGACAUUUAGAGCUUGUGCGACCAUUUUACGUCCUUCCCCUGAGUGCCCAAGAGAAGACGACAAUGAUGACCCUGGGUUGCUUUCCAGUUGUAAAUAAUUCUGAGUGCACUUGUCACUGUGAAUAGACCAAAGAAAUGUUUCCACAAGGCCUGUCUUCAUAUUGGAUGUUUGUCGGGCUUCCGCAGCACAUAUAUAGAGAGAAAUGAAUAUUUUCACCUUGCUGUAUAUUUUGUGUUUAUUAAAGGUUACACUGAAUUGUUAUGAAAUUGUUGUUUUUGUUUCCAAAAUGGAGAUGUUUGGCCAUUAUUGACCACUAAGUUGUGCUAAUGAUGUCUUUGGAGGCUUGCAGGGCACUUUGACCA